AUGAUGCUCCUCGGCUCCGUCACGGCCACGCUGCCCCUGCUAGGUCUCGCUGCUGCUGGUGUGGCGCCACGGCUUGCUCACUGGUCAAGCUAUGCGACGGCCAACACAACCUCCAAUGUGACAACCACUGCUUCGGUUGCUUCUUCCAUCCCGUCUACCAAUACCACUACGACCGGCCCCAGACAUACGUCCUGCGACAUCCGCUACUGCCAGAACGGCACGUCGUACUGUCGGUACUGGGGCGGCUACACCUCGUUUGACAUCAGUCUCAGACGUCCGGUGCCGGGCGAAACAUACAUGACCUUGGGCCUGUGCGGCAGCACGACCGCGAACUUGAGCAGCGUGACGGUGACUUCGACGCCCAGCAGCCUCUCGACUGCCAAGUUCGCUGUUGCAACUCCCACGUCCGACAUAUAA